AUAUAUAAGAAGAAGCAGAAACCACUAAAGAGAAAAAUAGCAUUUUUAGAAGCAUUUCUAAGGAAACAUUUUUAAUUGUUAAAAAGUGCAUUGAAAACAAAAAAAACUUAAAAACACAUUUCUAUCGCACCUGUUAAAAUGUUUAUUCCACAAAAAUAGAUAAGAUUUGCUGAAAAUAAAAGCACAAACAGCAGAUAAUAGUAACAAAAUAAUUGUUGUGUUCUAUUGUGUUUGUUGGUGGGUGACACAGUGUGUUUUGUGUGUUCUUCGGGGUCGAGGCAGCAGAAUUUUUCAAUUUGCAAGCAAAAAAGAAAACACCUAAAAGAAAAAGCAAUAAAAACAAAGUUUCAAAGUAGCACAUUUUCAUUUGAUAUUAACAGUUAUUGUACAUAAAGGAACUAAUUAACAUCAAACAGUGAUAAUCAUGACCACGGUUAAUAUUAAUACACGUAAAAGCCCAAAUGUUCUGAAAAAACAGGGCACAGACCAGUGGGUUAAACUGAAUGUGGGUGGUCAAUAUUUUCUCACAACAAAAACAACGUUAUCACGGGAUCCAAAUUCAUUCUUGUCACGAUUAAUACAAGAGGACUGUGAUUUAAUAUCAGAUAAGGACGAAACUGGUGCCUAUUUAAUAGACAGAGAUCCCAAAUACUUUGCACCGGUUCUUAAUUAUUUACGUCAUGGCAAAUUGGUCCUGGAUGGCGUAUCCGAGGAGGGAGUAUUGGAAGAGGCUGAAUUUUAUAAUGUGACACAACUGAUAGCAUUGCUCAAAGAAUGUAUUCAUCACAGAGAUCAAAGACCUCAAACAGAUAAAAAGCGUGUUUAUCGUGUACUGCAGUGCCGGGAACAAGAAUUGACACAGAUGAUCUCAACACUAUCUGAUGGCUGGCGAUUCGAACAGCUAAUCAGCGUGGGCACACAAUAUCAAUUAAACUAUGGUGCAUUUGAUAAUAAUGAAUACCUAUGUGUUGUAUCCAAGGAAUGUGGAACAACUCUUGGUCGUGAAUUGGAACUGAACGAUAGGGCCAAAGUACUGCAACAGAAAGGCUCUCGCAUACUUGGAAUUUAAAAGCAAAACAAAUCAAAAUACAGUGCGUUAGUAGAAGCAAGACACAAACAAUGUUGUACUAUCACCACCCCGCCACGUCCUUUUUGUCCAAAUAUAAAUCAACAACAACAACACUCCUAACAACAAAUCCUCCCAAAAAAAUUAAACAAAAACCAAAAAAGGAAAAAUGCAAACAAUUAUGACACUAGCUGUUAGUUGGAAACAAAAUAGAAAACGAGCGAAUAUCUUUAUUUUGAUACGGAAUAAAACAUAUAGGAAAUGAAUGAUAAAUGUAAUUGAUGAUAAAAUUGUUAUAAAGGUAUUCGUUUGAAUAUUUCGGUAAAACCAAAAAUAAAUCAAUUUUAACCUACAACAAUAUCACCUGUGAUGACAAGGAGGUUAAUUAACAAAACACAGACAACAACACCAACCAUGUCACACAACAAAUUCAAUCACAAAGUUUCAUAAUUGCAUUAUCAUUUUUUAUUUCGUUCUUUUUAACAAAACACAACAUGCAACUGCUAUGCAUUUCAAUGAAUGGUAAAUGUCAUUUCUUCAUUGUUUCAUCACCCCCUUGAAAAAAUAAGAUUAAAUUAAUAAAGACACACAUUUAAGACUUACAAUGCAAAUGCUGCAAAAUAGUGGAAGUAGCAACAAAACAAAAUCCAUAUUUAUUUUAAAACAAUGGAUUUGAAUUUAAAAAGAAAAUAAAAAAGAGAUAUAUUAUUGUAAUAAGUAUCCUAAAAUCGCUUUAGGUUAUACUCACCAGGCUAUAUCUGGAAAAAGAAUAAAUUAUUUUAAUAAAAAAAAAGAAAACUCGACAACAAAUUUUCGUUGCUAUUUUUGAAUUAACAGUUCGCCAAUAUGAUGAUGAUACAUUUUUUUAGUAGUGUUAAACACCUUCCAUCAAUAACAAAAACAACAAUCGACAGAAAAAUAAUUAUAUUAAUACAACCUCCUCCUUUACUACUAAUCCUUGUUUUUACCAUAUAAAUAUUGAGAAUUUAUUAAAAUUACAUUUUUUCUUUCCUUUUUAUAUAUAUAUAUAUAUAUAACAAGCGUACAUAAAUAUGUAAUUUUUUUUAGAUUUUAAUGCUCGACACUUCAACAGAAUAAGAGAAACAAAACACACAUUUUUAAACAUAAAUACUAUUUUAGUCAUUUACUUGUAUUUUGUUAUAUAAAAAGAAAAAAUUAUAUGCAUUUUUUGUUGAAACUACGAGCAUAAAAAAUGAAAAACAGAUAUAAACAUACAUAUAAAUUUAAAUAUUACAAAUGAUAUAAGCUACUUUAAAAAGAAUAUAUACCGAUUGUGUUGACAGUA